GCUGCUACUCGCUGUCGGUGCGGGACGGGGACGACGUGCACGGCGGCACGGUGAAGCAUUACAAGAUCCGGGCGCUGGAUAGCGGCGGGCUUUCAUCCUUCGAGACGCUGCAGGACCUGGUCCAGCACUACAAGGGGCAGAGCGAUGGGCUGUGCCAGAAGCUGAGCCAGCCCUGCUGUGUGCCCAGGCCCCAGAAGCCCUGGGAGAAAGACGCCUGGGAGAUCCCUCGGGAGUCGCUGAGGCUGGAGAGGAAGCUGGGAGCCGGGCAGUUUGGAGAAGUGUGGAUGGGUGAGAGCGAUGGGGGGGCAGCAGGGAGGAGGAUGAAGCCUGGGAGCAUGUCGGUGGGCGCCUUCCUGGCGGAGGCGAACCUGAUGAAGGCGCUGCAGCACGACAAGCUGGUGAAGCUGCACGCCGUGGUCACCAAGGAGGAGCCCAUCUACAUCAUCACCGAGUUCAUGGAGAAAGGUGCUGCCCACGUCCCCAGAACUGAGUUCCGGGACCGGGGUGCCCCGGCGGUGGUUGUUUUCACUGCCCACAUCGCAGAAGGGAUGGCGUUUAUUGAGAAGAGGAACUACAUCCACAGAGACCUGAGAGCCGCCAAUAUCCUGGUGUCGGCCAUCCUGGUGUGCAAGAUUGCGGAUUUUGGGCUGGCCAGAGUGAUCGAGGACGAUGAGUACACGGCCCGGGAAGGUGCCAAGUUUCCCAUCAAAUGGACCGCCCCAGAAGCCAUCAACUACGGAUCUUUCACUAUAAAAUCAGACGUCUGGUCCUUUGGGAUCCUCCUGACCGAGAUCGUUACCUACGGGCGCAUCCCAUACCCAGGGAUGUCGAGCGCGGAGGUGAUCAGGGCCCUGGAGCACGGGUACCGGAUGCCCCGCACGGAGAACUGCCCUGAGGAGCUGUACGACAUCAUGCUGAGAUGCUGGAAGACCAAACCCGAGGAGCGCCCCACCUUCGAGUACACGCAGAGCGUCCUGGAGGAUUUCUUCACCGCACCCCCGCCCAGCC